AUGUCGCUCACCAGUUCCGCCGCUGUCUGCCAAGCUACUCCCGUCAACAAGCCGUUCAAUUUCGUCGCUCUUCCUCUCGAGGUCAAGGAGCUCAUAUACAAGCACGCCAUGUUCGCGGGCGGACAUCUCUGCGACGAACUCUACGUUUACUCCGGAAUCCUCGGCAAUGCACUUAAGCAGUCUUUCCCAGCGAUUUGCUUCACCAACAAGCUCGAGCGCAUCAUCGCUUCCCGACUCUACCUACGAUACCAAACAAUCGUUAUGCACAACAGUGACGACUCACCGGUUCUUGAAGCUUUCCUAUCACAGUUCGGAAAAGCCAAUGAGGGACUACGGUGGUUGAAACAUGUUGAGUUUGCGAAUCUAGGAGACUUCUGUGAUUUUAGCAAAGCUGUACCUUUGAUCAAGGUGUGCACCGCGCUAAAGACAGUUGUGUUCCACAUGAUCUCAGACCAUCUUUACGAAUGGGAGGAAGAAGGCCUGUUCCAAGGUAGACCUAGCACUGGUACCGAGAUCUUCGAGCGCCUGCGUCUACAUGGCUUAUCCGACUGUGGCCAUUUGACCAAGGUUCGAUUCAGCGUGUGGGGGGGUCGUCAUGCGGAACUAGAGGGCUUGAAGGAGUUGAUCCAGGACUUUUCAUGUGCCUUCUUGGCACUGUACGGAUUGACGGCUUCCAAAAAACUCGAUGUCGAUAUCGAGGAUGAGCAUGGUCUGAUAUGGGUGUUGGAGCCGCAGGUAUGA